AUUACUGGGACAUGCGCGUUCCGGCCGAAGGGGGGUAAAUUUCCCAACUCCAGGAAUUUGUGGCGGAGAGGGCAAAUAACUGCGGCUCUCCCGGCGCCCCGAUGCUCGCACCAUGUCGAGGCGCAAGCAGGCGAAACCCCAGCACAUCAACUCGGAGGAGGACCAGGGCGAGCAGCAGGCGCAGCAGCCGACCCCGGAGUUUGCAGAUGCGGCCCCAGCGGCGCCCGCGGCGGGGGAGCUGGGUGCUCCAGUGAACCACCCGGGGAAUGAUGAGGUGGCAAGUGAGGACGAAGCCACAGUAAAGCGGCUUCGUCGGGAGGAGACACACGUCUGUGAGAAAUGCUGUGCAGAGUUCUUCAGCGUCUCUGAGUUUCUGGAACAUAAGAAAAAUUGCACUAAAAAUCCACCUGUCCUCAUCAUGAAUGACAGCGAGGGGCCGGUGCCUUCAGAAGACUUCUCCAGAGCUGUACUGAGCCACCAGCCCGCCAGCCCCAGCAGUAAGGACGGUCACAGGGAGAAUGGCGGCAGCUCAGAGGAUGUGAAGGAGAAGCCGGGCGCAGAGUCUGUGGUGUACCUAAAGACAGAGACAGCCCUGCCACCCACCCCCCAGGACAUAAGCUAUUUAGCCAAAGGCAAAGUGGCCAACACUAACGUGACCUUGCAGGCACUACGGGGCACCAAGGUGGCGGUGAAUCAGCGGAGCGCGGAUGCACUCCCUGCCCCCGUGCCUGGCGCCAACAGCAUCCCGUGGGUCCUCGAGCAGAUCUUGUGUCUGCAGCAGCAGCAGCUACAGCAGAUCCAGCUCACCGAGCAGAUCCGCAUCCAGGUGAACAUGUGGGCCUCCCACGCACUCCACUCGAGUGGGGCAGGGGCUGACACUCUGAAGACCCUGGGCAGCCACAUGUCUCAGCAGGUUUCUGCAGCUGUGGCUUUGCUCAGCCAGAAAGCUGGAAGCCAAGGUCUGUCUCUGGAUGCCUUGAAACAAGCCAAGCUACCUCAUGCCAACAUCCCUUCUGCCACCAGCUCCCUGUCCCCAGGGCUGGCGCCCUUCGCUCUGAAGCCGGAUGGGACCCGGGUACUCCCGAACGUCAUGUCCCGCCUCCCGAGUGCUUUGCUUCCUCAGGCCCCGGGCUCGGUGCUCUUCCAGAGCCCUUUCUCCACUGUGACGCUAGACACAUCCAAGAAAGGGAAGGGGAAGCCCCCGAACAUCUCCGCGGUGGAUGUCAAACCCAAAGACGAGGCGGUCCUCUACAAGCACAAGUGUAAGUACUGUAGCAAGGUUUUUGGGACUGAUAGCUCCUUGCAGAUCCACCUCCGCUCCCACACUGGAGAGAGACCCUUCGUGUGCUCUGUCUGUGGUCAUCGCUUCACCACCAAGGGCAACCUCAAGGUGCACUUUCACCGACAUCCCCAGGUGAAGGCAAACCCCCAGCUGUUUGCCGAGUUCCAGGACAAAGUGGCGGCUGGCAAUGGCAUCCCCUAUGCACUCUCUGUACCUGACCCCAUAGAUGAAUCGAGUCUUUCCUUAGACAGCAAACCUGUCCUUGUAACCACCUCUGUAGGGCUACCUCAGAAUCUCUCUUCGGGGACUAAUCCCAAGGACCUCACGGGUGGCCCCUUGCCCGGUGACCUGCAGCCUGGGCCUUCUCCAGAAAGUGAGGGUGGACCCACACUCCCUGGGGUGGGACCAAACCAUAAUUCCCCAAGGGCUGGUGGCUUCCAAGGGAGUGGGACCCCUGAGCCAGGGUCAGAGACUCUGAAGUUGCAGCAGCUGGUGGAGAACAUUGACAAGGCCACCACUGAUCCCAACGAAUGUCUCAUUUGCCACCGAGUCUUAAGCUGCCAGAGCUCCCUCAAGAUGCAUUAUCGCACCCACACCGGGGAGAGACCGUUCCAGUGUAAGAUCUGUGGCCGAGCCUUUUCUACCAAAGGUAACCUGAAGACACACCUCGGGGUUCACCGAACCAAUACGUCCAUUAAGACGCAGCAUUCAUGCCCCAUCUGCCAGAAGAAGUUCACCAACGCCGUGAUGCUGCAGCAGCAUAUUCGGAUGCACAUGGGCGGUCAGAUUCCCAACACGCCCCUGCCAGAGAAUCCCUGUGACUUUCCGGGUUCUGAGCCAAUGACGGUGGGUGAGAACGGCAGCAUCGGCGCCAUCUGCCAUGAUGAUGUCAUCGAAAGCAUCGAUUUAGAGGAAGUCAGCUCCCAGGAGGCUCCCAGCAGCUCCUCGAAGGUCCCCACGCCUCUUCCCAGCAUCCACUCGGCAUCACCCACACUAGGGUUUGCCAUGAUGGCUUCCUUAGAUGCCCCAGGGAAAGUGGGUCCUGCCCCUUUUAACCUGCAGCGCCAGGGCAGCAGAGAAAACGGUUCCGUGGAGAGCGACGGCUUGACCAACGACUCGUCCUCGCUGAUGGGAGACCAGGAGUAUCAGAGCCGAAGCCCAGACAUCCUGGAAACCACAUCCUUCCAGGCACUCUCCCCGGCCAAUAGUCAAGCCGAAAGCAUCAAGUCAAAGUCUCCCGAUGCUGGGAGCAAAGCAGAGAGCUCCGAGAACAGCCGCACUGAGAUGGAAGGUCGGAGCAGUCUCCCUUCCACGUUUAUCCGAGCCCAGCCAACCUAUGUCAAGGUUGAAGUUCCUGGCACGUUUGUGGGACCCUCAACAUUGUCCCCAGGGAUGACCCCUUUGUUAGCAGCCCAGCCACGCCGACAGGCCAAGCAACAUGGCUGCACACGGUGUGGGAAGAACUUCUCGUCUGCUAGCGCUCUUCAGAUCCACGAGCGGACUCACACUGGAGAGAAGCCUUUUGUGUGCAACAUUUGUGGGCGAGCUUUUACCACCAAAGGCAACUUAAAGGUUCACUACAUGACACACGGGGCGAACAAUAACUCAGCCCGCCGUGGAAGGAAGCUGGCCAUUGAGAACACCAUGGCUCUGUUAGGUACGGACGGAAAAAGAGUCUCAGAAAUCUUUCCCAAGGAAAUCCUGGCCCCUUCGGUGAAUGUGGACCCUGUGGUGUGGAACCAGUAUACCAGCAUGCUCAAUGGCGGUCUGGCUGUGAAGACCAAUGAGAUCUCUGUGAUCCAGAGUGGAGGGGUUCCUACCCUCCCUGUUUCCUUGGGGGCCACCUCCGUUGUGAGUAACGCCACUGUCUCCAAGAUGGAUGGCUCCCAAUCGAGUAUCAGUGCCGAUGUGGAAAAACCAAGUGCUACUGACAGCGUUCCCAAACACCAGUUUCCUCACUUCCUAGAAGAAAACAAGAUUGCGGUCAGCUAAGCAAGGGAGAACUUGAGUGGAAAGAGCAAUGCAGACACCGUGAAAUCUCUAGAAUCUGCUUUGUUUUGUAAGAACUCAUCUCCUCCUGUUUUCUUUUUCUUACUGAUAUGCAAAUGAUGUUUACGAUGGUUGUGACCACAACCUCAGGCAAGUCCUACAAUCACAAUUGUUGCUAUGCUGCUUUGCAAAAAGUUGAAAAAAUAAAAAAAUUCAUACCAAAACAAAUACAGACUGUUUUUUUUUUAGAUGGAGUCUCGCUCUAUCACCCAGGCUGGAGUGCAGUGGUAUUGAUCUCGGC